AGGUAGAUAAGUACAAGGUAUAGGCGGUGUGUUAUCAUAAACCCACCAGAUCUUAGGAACUCUGCCUGCAAUCAUGAAGUUGACUUUUUUGCUCCUUCUCGCAGCCGCUGGGGGCUAUGGACAGUCGUGUAAUGGUCGGUGCGGUGACAAUGAUCCAACCCAAUCCUGUGAAUGCAACUCCGACUGCACGAAAUUCAAUGAUUGCUGUAGCGACUACGAGGAAAUAUGUAUGUCGUGUAUGGACCGUUGUGACGAGGCCUUCUUAAAACCCAAGCCCUGCCAGUGUAACAAUCAGUGUAACUCCCAUAACAACUGCUGUCCCGACUACGACGAUGAGUGUGGUGGCGGUGUGACGGACGCGGAGCUACGGGCACUCACGGAAGAGAUGUACGCUGCCAUGGAGGACGCUGUGGGUGACCUUCUGACCAUUGACCUCCAGGGUAAAGGUGAUUCAGGUGACCUUGCCCCGGGGCCGCUGUUCACUUCGGUACCAGACGCUGCCCUGAACGGUCCUACCAUCAGUCUCCUGCGGCAGCUACAGGAUAAUUAUGUUCCCGAUGUUAAAGUCGCAGAAGAUGAAGAUGAAGUUGAAAUCGCCGAAAAAGAUGAUUUCCUGGACGCUAUGAUAAGUACCCAGAUCAUGCAGCUGGUUCAGAAUUUCCUCCAAGAUAAAAAGCUCCUCACAGGUAGUCUCAGGGACAAACUGGAUGAGAUUUGGUUCACCAUGUACCCCAGGACCAAGUCAGGUCCUCGGGGAUCCUCAGGUUUCGAACAUUCUUUUGUCGGCGAGCUGAAGAACGGACAGGUCUCUGGCUUCCACAACUGGGUCAAUUUCUAUAAAGAAGAACAGAAAGGCAACAGUAACUACGAGGGCUGGUCAGGGUUCCUUAAUAUCGAUGAUAAGUGUGGCGUUCUCAUGGAUCACUUCACCUGGUACUCGGAACCCAAGAAAAUCGGCUCCAUGUUCGUUGGGACACCCCCUGAGCUGGAGCUGGCUACUUAUACCGUGUGUUUCCUGGCCAGACCCAAUAGUCUCUGUCCAGUCCAGAUGAAUAACAAGCUGUACCAUGCCCAGACGUGGGACAUUACCUACGAAGGGAAGGUCUACGUUGGCAGCGCUUAUCCUGAUAUUGGUGUUUGAUUUUAUGAUAUAAAUUCAGUUUUCUGAAGGUAUAAAUUCAGUUUUCUGAAGGUAUGAAUCCAAAUUUCAGGAGACUUACUAUAAAAUUAUAUAUUUGGUUAAUUUUUAGAUGUUUCUUCUCUAAUGUUUACCAUCAAAUGUGAGUAGAAUAAAAUGAUAAACCUAUAA